AUGCGACGAGAGCUGGAAGAGUUGCGAUGGAAUAUGAGACAAGGGCAGAAUCCUGGCGAUCCAAACUACCCUCACUCGACGGCAUCACCAACCGUCGAUAUGCAGAAUUACACGCCGCUUGAGCAUGCUUCAGGCACAUAUUCGGAUCCCUCUGGAAGGACCGAUGCAUCAGAUUCCAUGUCUCCAGCUUUUGACUCGAGGCCACCAACACGAAAAGGUUCCGAUCAUCAUGGCACGGUGCCGCGCGUGAUAGACGGCUACUUGCUCGAUUCGAAACGGAUCGACGACUGCUUCACCAUUUUCUUCACACAAUACCAUCCGCUAUUUCCUAUCUUGGACCCUUCAAUAGGACCCAACGACUAUUACGACCAAUCGCCCUUCCUAUUUUGGACUAUCGUGGUCACGGGAUCGCGACGCUAUUCUGAACAUGAAGUUCUUGAGAGAACGAGUCAGCCCAUUACCCAACUCGCAUUCUCUUCGAUGGCUUUACGUACCUCACAAGUCCCCAUCAUUCAAGGUCUUCUAAUCCUUUGCACUUGGCGACUGCCAACCAACUCAAUGUACAAAGAUACCACACAUCUCAUGUGCGGUUCGGCAGUACAUCUAGCAACGCAGAUUGGUCUACACAUAGCCGGCGUAGGCCAGGAUUUUGCUAGAACCCCACUGGAGAAGGAUCAGUCGCUGAAGGUGCAACGCGCCAGACUUUGGCUGUGUUGCGUCAUCGUUUCCAUAAGAACGAGUUGCGUCGAAGGCAUACCACCUCUUGCUGAGUCGUUCUUCGAUGGUGAUGAGCAAGACCGAGAAGACAUGGUUCCAUACCUCCCGUCUGAUCUGCAGUUCCUGCACAAAGUCUACAUCAUCCUCAUGCGUGCUAUGGUGGCUAUGGGAAAAACCAAUCUUCAGUCCAUUCACUGCGAUGUUCGGGUACUACGGUCGUUGAUUGGUAUAUUCGACUCGCAACUCCUUAGCCUGGCUCCAUCUUCUCCAAGUGAACUCGAUGCCCUGCAACUUAGCUGCGCACGUAUACAUGUGAUGGCGUUCCAUUUCUUCGCUCACCCCACGAGCCCCGGGCCGGAUGCAGAGGGGCUUUCAAGAUUUUAUUCUCUAUGCAUCUCAGUCAUCCAAUCCGCGGCGACUAUGCAAACGACACAAAAGAUCCACUUACCUUCCGUCUCGCAGUCGUUCAUUGACCGAACUAUUACCCUGGCCGGGUUUACCAUUCUCAGACUUGUUCGGAGUCCGCUCGCUCAACAUUUGGAUGUACUUGCUGGCGAACGAGCCUUCUCACAAGCUUAUGAUUUCCUCAAGAAUGUCUCUAUACAGCCAGGGGAUAUCCACAUCCGAACUGCGCACAUUAUGAAGGACUUGUGGGGUAGCGACAAGGUGUUCCGGAAGAAGGACGGUCGUGUGGAAUCGCUAUAUUUGAGGCUGAGGACGCGAUUGAGCAUGAGUAUCAGCUAUGACAUGUUCUGGUAUUGGCGAGAGGAAUUCGGCAACAUGCAAAAUCCGUACGGCGACGAAGCGGCGCUUCUUUCUAAUGACAACGCUCAACAGAACGCACCUCAAUACCCGUCACAACAACAGCACCAACAACAACAACAGCACCAACAACAACAACAACAUCAACAUCAACAGCAUCAACAACCGUUGGAUCCCUCGAUGAGACAACAACUUCCAGUAACCAAAUUCGACCCCAGCUUGGUCAACCCCCAAAUGCAGCCGGAUCCGUCUGUAAUGAGCUUCGAUGCAUGGGAGGGUCCAGAUUACGGUGUACCACCAAUGCUCGAUCAAUUCCCGGAUUACGACUGGGCGGCAGGCUUUGAGUUUUCGAAUGCUGAUAUGCCCAAUUCCUCGUUGUCCAUUGAUAUUCUCAAGAGCAAAGAAGAGAAGGGAAACAUGGGAUCCAUCAAAGCACCCGAAAGAAGGAUGACAGCGGUCGAGAAACUGAGGAGCAUGUUGGCGGAUCCGGACAAGUUCCUUUCCUGUCCUGGUGUGUACGAUGGCUUUACCGCGAGGAUAGCCCUUCAAGAAGGCGUGGACUGUUUAUACAUGACUGGCGCAGGAACAACAAUGUCCCGUCUAGGCACCGCCGACAUGGGCAUAGCAACCUUGAACGACAUGCUCCAAAACGCCACAAUGCUGGCCUCCAUAUCCCCUAGCACGCCCCUAAUCGCCGACGCCGAUACAGGCUACGGCGGCCCCGUAAUGGUCGGCCGAACAGUAACAUCCUACAUCCGUGCCGGCGUCGCGGGUCUGCAUCUAGAAGACCAAAUCGUGAGCAAGCGCUGCGGUCACCUAAACGGCAAGCAACUCGUCGACAUGGACGAAUUCGAAGCCAGGAUCCGGGCUGCGAGGUUAGCGAGAGAAGAGUCUGGCGGCGAUAUUGUGAUUAUCGCCAGGACAGACGCGUUACAGGGUUUUGGGUAUGAUGAGGCUUUACGUCGUCUCCGUGCUGCUGUCGCUCAAGGCGCAGAUAUGGCGUUCCUUGAAGGUGUUACGACUGCUGAAGAUGCGAAGAGUAUAUGUGCUGAUUUGGCCCCUACCCCUUGUCUUUUCAACAGUGUUCCUGGUGGUGUAUCCCCGGAUUUCACUGUUGAUGAGUGCAAGCAGAUGGGCUACAAACUCGCCAUCUUCCCCUUGUUGGCAUGCGAGGUUGUAUAUCCAGCUGUCAGGAAGGCGAUCCAGCAGAUGAAGGCAGGGCAUGUCGAGAGUGUAGAGAAAGACGGAAAGAGACAUGGACCUAGGGAAUUGUUCCGAGUGUGUGGGUUGGACGAUUUGAUCGAGUUUGACGUCAAGGCUGGUGGGUUGAACUACAAAAAUGGGGCGUAA